UGUAUCGAUAGUACCAUCGUUGUUUUUCCACCUCCAUAAUACACACAUAUUAAAUUUUCGCUGGAGAAUUUGUUGUAAAAAUCGUGAGAUUUAAGUGCGAGAAAAUAAAUAAAACCUGCUGUAAAGCAGAUACAAUUAUUAUUGACGUGGUGUGGUGUAAGCCGCCUAAAUCACCAAGAUGAGUUACAUGCCAGCACAGAAUCGUACAAUGUCCCACAGCAAUCAAUACAAUCCGCCGGACUUGCCGCCAAUGGUGUCCGCCAAGGAGCAGACGCUGUUGUGGCAGCAGAACUCGUAUAUGGGCGACUCCGGCAUACAUUCGGGAGCCGUUACCCAAGUGCCGUCGCUGUCGGGCAAGGAGGAUGAGGAGAUGGAGGGUGAUCCGCUGAUGUUCGAUUUGGACACCGGGUUUCCGCAGAACUUUACACAGGAUCAGGUGGACGAUAUGAACCAACAGUUGAGCCAGACCCGAUCGCAGCGCGUGCGCGCCGCCAUGUUCCCAGAGACUUUGGAAGAGGGCAUUGAGAUACCAUCAACACAAUUUGAUCCACAGCAGCCAACCGCUGUGCAGCGUCUAUCGGAACCGUCGCAGAUGCUAAAGCAUGCCGUGGUCAAUUUGAUCAACUACCAGGACGACGCUGAGCUGGCCACACGUGCCAUACCGGAGCUGAUCAAGCUGCUCAACGAUGAGGAUCAGGUGGUCGUCUCGCAGGCAGCCAUGAUGGUACACCAGCUGUCGAAGAAGGAGGCCUCGCGUCACGCCAUCAUGAACAGCCCCCAGAUGGUGGCCGCUUUGGUGCGCGCCAUUUCGAAUAGCAACGAUCUGGAGAGCACCAAGGCCGCUGUGGGCACGCUCCACAAUUUGUCGCAUCAUCGCCAAGGCCUGUUGGCCAUCUUCAAGAGCGGCGGCAUACCGGCUCUGGUGAAGCUGCUCUCGUCGCCCGUGGAGAGCGUGCUCUUCUAUGCGAUUACCACGCUCCACAAUCUGCUGCUGCAUCAGGAUGGCUCCAAGAUGGCCGUGCGCCUAGCUGGUGGCCUCCAGAAGAUGGUGACUCUGCUGCAGCGCAACAAUGUCAAGUUCUUGGCCAUUGUUACCGAUUGCCUGCAAAUCUUGGCCUACGGCAAUCAGGAGAGCAAGCUCAUCAUUCUGGCCUCGGGCGGACCCAAUGAGCUGGUGCGCAUCAUGCGCUCCUACGACUAGAAGCUGUUGUGGACCACAUCGCGUGUGCUGAAAGUUCUCUCGGUAUGCUCGAGCAACAAGCCGGCGAUUGUCGAUGCCGGUGGCAUGCAGGCACUGGCCAUGCAUUUGGGCAAUAUGUCGCCGCGUCUGGUGCAGAACUGCCUCUGGACAUUGCGCAAUCUGUCGGACGCCGCCACCAAGGUGGAGGGGCUUGAGGCGCUGCUGCAGUCGCUCGUUCAGGUGCUGGCCUCGACGGAUGUGAAUGUGGUCACAUGUGCUGCCGGCAUUCUCUCGAAUUUGACGUGCAACAAUCAGCGCAACAAGGCGACUGUUUGCCAAGUGGGCGGCGUUGAUGCCCUCGUUCGCACCAUCAUCAAUGCCGGCGAUCGCGAGGAGAUUACCGAGCCGGCGGUGUGCGCCUUGCGUCACCUCACUUCGCGCCACGUCGACUCAGAGCUGGCCCAGAAUGCAGUGCGUCUCAAUUACGGCCUCUCCGUAAUUGUCAAGCUGUUGCAUCCACCAUCCCGCUGGCCUCUAAUCAAGGCUGUCAUCGGGCUCAUACGCAAUUUGGCCCUCUGCCCGGCCAAUCAUGCGCCCCUGCGAGAGCACGGCGCCAUCCACCAUCUGGUGCGUCUGCUGAUGCGCGCAUUCCAGGACACAGAACGCCAACGUUCGUCAAUUGCCACCACUGGGUCACAGCAGCCAUCUGCGUAUGCAGAUGGUGUCCGAAUGGAGGAGAUCGUCGAGGGCACUGUCGGCGCCUUGCAUAUCCUUGCGCGCGAGUCCCACAAUCGUGCUCUCAUACGCCAACAAUCGGUUAUUCCGAUCUUUGUGCGUUUGCUCUUCAACGAAAUCGAGAACAUUCAGCGUGUCGCAGCUGGCGUGCUUUGUGAGUUGGCCGCCGAUAAGGAAGGCGCCGAGAUAAUCGAACAGGAAGGGGCCACUGGGCCGCUCACUGACUUACUGCAUUCGCGCAAUGAGGGCGUGGCGACUUACGCAGCAGCUGUGCUCUUCCGCAUGAGCGAGGACAAGCCGCAGGACUACAAGAAGCGUCUCUCCAUCGAGCUGACCAACUCGCUGUUGCGUGAGGAGAACAACAUCUGGGCCAACGCUGAUCUGGGCAUGGGUCCCGACUUACAGGAUAUGCUUGGACCCGAAGAAGCAUAUGAGGGCCUUUACGGACAAGGUCCGCCCAGUGUGCACAGUUCGCACGGAGGUCGCGCAUUCCAUCAGCAAGGAUAUGAUACUCUACCAAUAGAUUCAAUGCAAGGUCUCGAGAUCAGCAGUCCAGUAGGAGGUGGUGGCGGAGGUGCUGCUGGCAACGCGGCACCUUCGGUUGGGGCACCCACAUCGCCCUACUCCAUGGACAUGGAUGUCGGCGAAAUUGAUGCUGGAGCUAUGAACUUUGACUUGGAUGCCAUGCCGACACCACCCAAUGACAACAAUAACUUGGCUGCCUGGUACGAUACCGACUGUUAAGCACAUACAUACAUAUGACAAGAGGAUUUCUAGCGUCUUUCCACUAUGCUCACAUAUUUCUGCGUUUUUUUUUACAUUUCGAUUUACAUAUCUAAGAACAUAAUAUUCAACUCUUAGUGGAGAGAGGCAAUUAGUGUAUAUGGAAAUUUAAACAAAUAUUUGCAAUAGAAUCAUAAAUAUAAACUUAAACAUAAAA